AUGUCCGCAACCCAGCUCCAGCUCUCGACGGAACGAGUCAACGAACUCGUCCGCUUGCUUACCGAUUCACUGGUUCACCUGAAGGACCUGGACGGAACUGCAAUUGUCACCACCCCGGAGGGGAAGGUGAUCAACCAGAAGGAAUGGACAGCUUGGGACUGGAACCAGGGUGUUGCACUUGCCGUGCUGUACAAUCACUCUGCUGCGCGUCCAUCAUCCUCAGAGGCAGCCUACUCUCUCAAGACCGUGCUGGACUGGUAUGAGCUCCAGUGGAAGCAGACGGACGGAAAGGGCGCCCCGAAGAACAUCAACACAAUGGCGCCUCUGUACUCGAUUUCAUCAUACCUGCUUGAUGGACGCGUAAAGGACGAGCGCUGGAGCGCAUGGGCUGAAGAAUGGGCCGAGUGGGCCAUGAACGGGCUUGCAAGGACAAAGGAAGGCGGAUUCCAACACAUCACGUACCGCGUACCCAAUAAGGAUCAGCUGUGGGACGACACGCUUUUCAUGACCGUUGUUCCCCUCGCUCGUAUCGGUGUCCUCCUUAAUCGACCUGAAUACAUUGAAGAGGUAAAGUACCAGUGCCUCAUCCACAUCCACUAUCUUCAAGACACGGUGUCAGGCCUCUGGUUCCAUGGUUGGCAGUUCACCGAGGACGGUCGAGGCCACAACUUUGCGCGUGCACUGUGGGCCCGCGGUAACAGUUGGAUCACGUAUGCCAUUCCGCUCCUGUUGGAGAUCCUCGAUGGUCACCCCAACUGGAAAGAGAACGAUCCCACGCGUCGUACCCUGGUGUCGACGUAUAGGCGCCAGGUCGACGCACUCCUCGAAUGCCAGGACGUCGGUGGACUCUGGCAUACCAUCCUCGACGAUCCUACCUCCUAUCUCGAGGUCAGCGGCACAGCAGGUUUUGCAGCCGGUAUCCUGAUGGGUGUCCGCACGGGCUUGCUGGAUCGCGCUCACUACCUGCCCUCUGCCCAAAAGGCUCUGGCGGCGAUUCUCCCGAACAUCCAAGCUGAUGGCACGGUUGUCAACGUCUCGUAUGGCACGCCAAUCGGCGAAACGAUCCAGUUCUACAAAGACAUCCGUCUAGUCCCCAUGCCAUACGGCCAAGGACUCACGAUGGCCGCACUGGUCGAGUGGACACGGCUGCAGGCUGCGGACGCCGCUGCGGCGCAGAAGUGA